AUGUAUAGAGUGCUGGUAAUUUUGUUCAUUUUAAAACAAUGCUGUGGAUUUUUGAUAUUGAGGAAUGGCUCUCUUGAAGCAAAUACGUUGAUAACAUUUAAUGAGCCUGUGAAUGAUAAACCUUUACCCAUAUACUUUGAUUGGAGAAGUAAGAAUGCGGUGUCACCUGUCAAAGACCAGAAGAAUUGCAACGCCUGUUGGGCGUUUUCAGUCAUAGCAAAUAUUGAGAGUCAAUUAAAGAUAUACAAGAAUGAUGAAAAGCUAAUGUCAGAACAAUUUCUUAUUGAUUGUGAUCAUGACCAGGAAGGAUGUAAGACAGGGUCUAUCACAAGUGCUUUUGCAAACAUUGUCACUCGGUUUGGUGGUGUACUUCUGGAAAAAGAUUAUCCAUAUCAGAAUGGUCAGCAAAAAUGCACAGCACCUAAUCCUCCUCCGUAUUUAGUCAAGGUUACUGGUUUCAAAAGAGUAAGCAGUGAUGAAGAGGAAAUGGCUAAAGCUGUUUUCCAUUUUGGACCGUUAUCAGCAGCUAUCAAUGCAGCUUCGAUGAGACAUUACAAAUCAAAUAUUAUAGAUGAGCCAUCAGAUAAGGACUGCAAUCCUAAUGAUCUGGAUCAUGCUGUUUUGAUAGUUGGUUACAAUGUGUAUGUUGAUACACAUGGCCGCGAAACUCCUUACUGGAUAAUAAAGAACUCCUGGGGCGAAGAUUGGGGCGACAAGGGAUAUUACUACUUGGUGCGUGGGCGUAAUGCAUGCGGUAUCGCCUCAGAUGUGUCCUUUUCUGUAGUAACUUGA